AUGGCGGCAUCUUCUUCUACUCCUAUUGAUAAAGAGACAUCUUCUUCUACUAUCAUGAAUAAAGAGAAAUUCAGAACCCUAAGAAGCUCUGACGGCAAAGAAUUCAAGAUUUGCAAAGCCGUUGCUCGGCAACUAUCUCUUAUUGCAAAUUUAUUCGAUCUAGAAGAAGAUGAUAAAAACAUAAUUUGUCUCUUCGAAAUUGACAUAAUUCCUCUCCCUGAAGUUGACGGAUUAACCCUUGACAAGAUAAUUGGUUUUCUGAAUAUGUACACGGAAGAAUCUUUCCAAAAAUUCACCAACGAAGAAAAGAAAAAACAUUGCGACGACUUUUUUGCCAAUUGUAAGAUCCAUGAUUUCUUUACCCUCGCAUCAGCUGCGAAUUAUUUGGGAGCUCAGGUGGUUUUAGACGAAGCUUGUCAAAGGUUAGCAGAUGCAAUGAAGAAUAAAUGGUUUUAG